GGCUUGUAACUGAUUUAUAAUAAAGCAUAGUAAAGCAAGCAGGGCUGCAGGAGAAAAAGAACUUUAGUCUUUUAUUUCUUUUCCUUUCUUCCUCAAAUACUUUCAUUAUUGGUAAUGGCGGACCACGAGGAGCUGAUUGAGGAAAUGCCCAAACUCGAGAAGAUGAGCAACGCGGCUCGACUCAAACUGGCCAAGAAGAGGAGGCAGAAACAGCUAAAGAGGUACACGGAGACUGAGCGGGGCCGGCCUCAUAGCGGCAAGUCUAACAAAACUAAGACUAGGAUCAACUUUGAAGAAGCUGCUCUCCUCCAUGACGCUGUGCAGCAGAAUAACAUUGAGGAAGUGGCGAAUCUACUGGCUAAAGGAGUAACGUGUAGCCAUAGUAACGCAGAUGGAUUGACACCUUUGCACAGGUGUUGCAUUGAGAACACAGUAGACAUGGCUAAGCUAUUAAUAGAUAAUGGAGCUGAUCUAACAUCACGAGACAUAGAGGGUUGGACCCCACUCCAUGCUGCCUCUGCUUGUGGUAACCUCCCCAUGAUCAACCUCCUGAUAGCUUCUGGGGCUAACCUGGUCUGUGUCAAUCAUGACGACAAGAUGCCUGUCGAUGUAGCCUGUGAUGCUGACAUUAGGCACGUUAUACAGCAAAAGAUGUUGGAAGAAGGUUACACUGAUGAUGUCUGUAAAUACUUGCGUGACUCGGUUCCAAAGACAAUGCUGGCUGAUCUUAAAGCGUUUGUAUCAGAUGGUGGAUCAGUUAAUACUAAAGAUAAAUAUGGUGCUUCAGCAUUACACAUUGCUGCUGCUAAUGGUUACAUAGAGGUGAUGGAGCUCAUUCUCUCUCAGCCAAAAGUAAACAUUAACAUUCAAGACAAUGAGGGCUGGACUCCAUUCCAUGCUGCCGUCUGUUGGGAACAAAGAGAAGCAAUGAAAUUAUUAGCAGAGAAGAAUGCUGAUUUAGAAAUGCAAGAUAUUCACGGUGACACUCCUUUUGCUGUUUCCGAUAUUCCUGAAAUUCGACAAUACAUCCUUGAUCUAAAGGCACAGUUCACUGCUCCAAUGUCUAUCUCUCUCACUCUCUCCACCUCACGGGAAGACAUGCUUGGACUUUCAGAGUCUCGUGGUCGAAACAGAAGUUUAUCAGUUCGGAGACAAAGUACUAGUGAUCGCCAGCAAAAUGAUGUGAAGAGAUUGUCGAUGAGAGAAGAGAAAAUGAUGCUUCAAAGGUCACUAGAAGCUGAGGAUAUAGAAAGAACAGCGAGUGGAGAGAAAAUGGACGAUGAUAUUCUACUAGAUGAUUUGGAGCUGUCAGUAACGAGUGGGACAGCAGCUGCUCCAGCAAAUGAAGUGAAGGAGACAACACUUAUAGGGGGAGGAGGAGGAGGAGGAGGAGGGGAAGAAGCUGAAAAGAAGACUAGGUCAUCUCCUGAAUCUAGAUCACCUCUUGACAGCUUAAGCUCUCCCUUACCACCACACAGUCCUGAGCAACUGGAGGAAGGGAUGCUUGAAAGAGAACUAGAGAAAGCACUCAACCCAGAGAAGAAGGACAUUGUUAGUAUCUUACGCAACAAGAAACCAACCCCAGUGAAACUGGACACUCUACAAAAGAACAGUGAGCAUUCGUACACAGAAUUUGAGACAGCAGGAUCCAGUGGGAGUUUACGUAAAAACCGACCUUCAGGGGGUGGUGCAUCGGGAGAAUGCUGUGUUGUUUUAUAGUAAAGAUGCAUAUUACAUUAUUAGCAGAUUGUGUCUGCGUGUGAUUGUGUGCAUUAUUUUUAAAGAGAGAGCUAACGACAUCUUUUGUUGCGAACUAAUAGAUUUUUAAUGUUGGCGUCACUAUUGUUGUUAUUAUUAUCAUUAUUACUAAUAAAAAAUUUAUUUUUGUUCACAUUAUUUUUUAUAUAACGAUAACAGUACUAUACUAUAAUGAUUGUUAUUUUGUAAUCAGUUCAAAAAAUGAUCAUAAUUAUA